AAUCUGGACACAUGGGUCUUUAGAGUUACAGUACCCCACUAGGGGAAACACAAAUGUGUCCGUUGUAUAGUGAACAGCAGACUCGUUGCCCGUUGGGUUUGCUUUUGAAGUACUAGGCUUUAUACAGUGGUAUGGAAUUAAAAUCGGGCCGUUUGUAUAAGAGGCUGUAGUAGGGUCUUACCAAUGACAGGCUUAUAACGCACGCAGGGGCUCAGAUCGCUGAGUUUCCCUCGUGGUAUAUCGCGCACAAGGCGUGUGAAAGAAUGUCGCAUCUUCACCUCCGGUUGCCUCCAACUCGUGCAGGGUGCAAACCCGGCAGAUGGGGAUAGCCACGUCCGUGUAUGUGAGGUUAAUACUGAGAGGGGGUGUGGUCUACUCUAGAUCAAUAACUGUCGGUCGGUAGUCUACUGAAAAAGGCAAAACAGAGUAGGGGCAGCAGAGACGGAGAUCCCUGAUCCAUGCUGGAUUGAUUUUUGAUGCUCUAUCUAUGCUUAGGUCAGACGCACUGUAGAGCUGCAGGAGGUUAUUGGCGGCAUAUUAGUUGUGGAUCGGUACUCUGAAAGAUUAAGUCCUGUAAUAACUGUUUGCGUUUGGUUUCAGACAAGACGUAGCUACAGUGGAUUUUCUCUUAUGAGUUGUGAAGGAAUAAUAAUGACCCAUUUACCCGGAGACUAUUUGUCCUGGAGCUCAAUUAACAAGUGCUAUGUCUCCAAUGGACGUGGAAUUAGGGACUUGUCCACAUUAACGAAAUAUCCUCUAUAUACGAGGGAAAAGACAGCCGUAUUGCAUUUGUGAGGUUCUCCUAUUUUCAAGAUUGGGGCUACCUCCCAUAGCUGGGCUUUGUGUGUGAGAGACUGAUGAAAGCAGUCCAUUGAAUUGCGCUGCCUGCAUCUAAAGACUGUCAAAUAGGUUCAAGAGACAAGACCUGCCAAGAUCUGUAGGAGUGAUUCCAGAAGACUGUGUUGGAUUCUCCUCACUAUGAACACUGAGGAUCUGUAGGAGUGAUUCCAGAAUACUGUGUUGGAUCCUCCUCACUAUGAACACUGAGGAUCUGUAGGAGUGAUUCCAGAAGACUGUGUUGGAUUCUCCUCACUAUGAACACUGAGGAUCUGUAGGAGUGAUUCCAGAAUACUGUGUUGGAUCCUCCUCACUAUGAACACUGAGGAUCUGUAGGAGUGAUUCCAGAAGACUGUGUUGGAUCCUCCUCACUAUGAACACUGAGGAUCUGUAGGAGUGAUUCCAGAAGACUGUGUUGGAUUCUCCUCACUAUGAACACUGAGGAUCUGUAGGAGUGAUUCCAGAAUACUGUGUUGGAUUCUCCUCACUAUGAACACUGAGGAUCUGUAGGAGUGAUUCCAGAAGACUGUGUUGGAUUCUCCUCACUAUGAACACUGAGGAUCUGUAGGAGUGAUUCCAGAAGACUGUGUUGGAUUCUCCUCACUAUGAACACUGAGGAUCUGUAGGAGUGAUUCCAGAAGACUGUGUUGGAUUCUCCUCACUAUGAACACUGAGGAUCUGUAGGAGUGAUUCCAGAAGACUGUGUUGGAUUCUCCUCACUAUGAACACUGAGGAUCUGUAGGAGUGAUUCCAGAAGACUGUGUUGGAUUCUCCUCAUUAUGAACACUGAGGAUCUGAACUGCCACUAGCUCUGAUCAGACAGGAUGAAUGACAGACAGAGACAUAGAGGAGGGGUGCACACGGUGGAGGCAGAUGUCAUCUUCCACCACCCCAUCUGCUCGGACCUAGAGGACGGGGUUGUCUGUUCGCUCCCAAGGAAGCAGGGGGAGAACACUAAUGUUCCAGACCUGGGAUUCAUACUGGGCGACCAGGGACUCUGUCGACAGAGCACACCAGUUACAAAGGAGUACUUGUUGGAUGGUGGUACGGUGAUUGGGCAUCAUCACUUUGACAGUCCACAGGGUGAUGGAUCACACAUCUCAAAUACAGAUCAGUUUCACAUUACUGAUCCUUCUCAUCAAGCACAUACAUCUCACAUACCCAAGCUUGAUGCUGGUAAAGACCAGAACUGUACUCAUGGCAGAAACAGUAUCAGUGAGGAUAUGAAUGGAGCGAGGGAAAAAGUGCCCUGCAGUGUGGGUCCCUCUCUAUGCUUCAAGGGAGAGGCCAGAGAGGAAGCGGAAGGGUCUCUGUCCCUCUGUAGAGAGAGCAUAGUGAGGAGUCAGUGUCACAUCACAAACGUCACUGACUCCCGGGAGCAGGGGACCGCUGCGCCUGACACUCAUUGUAUCACCACGGGCAACCAGCCAACCAUACAAGAGCUGGGAUGCUUGUUCAGCCACAGCUCUCCCACAGAAUAUGACACAUUGUAUGGACAGUCAGGGCUUGAGUCGAACCAAGGACACAGGGGCAGUAGUGGCCAUGGUGGCGUCAGUAACACAACGCCUAAAGAGGAGCCAGAUUUAGUGAUUGAAGUCGGUGGCCAGAAAAUCAGUGUUCACAAGUCUGUUCUGGCAGGGAAGAGUGACUAUUUCAAGGCUCGUCAGUCAAGAGACAUCCUAAAAGUGAAAGGGCUGAACUACAAGACCCUGACCAUCCUGAUAGACUAUAUCUACACCUCUCAGAUGAAUGUGCACAAGGACAAUGUGGUAGAGGUGAUCACAGGAGCUAAGAUCUUACAGAUCCCAUGUGCUGUCCAGGCUGCUAUGGAUACAAUGUCAGAGCAGGUCACAGCAGAGAACUGUUAUGAGAUUCUAACUAUCGCCAAGAAGCAACGACUCAACGAACUGAAAGAGACGGCCUAUCGCUUCAUGAGUGACAACUUCCUCCAGAUCCUGCAGGACCCAGCAGUGUACGGGCGUCUGACGGGGUCGGAGAGGGAUCUAGUCCUGAAGAAGAGAAUGGAGGGGAAGAGGUCCCUGAUGGUCGCUGAGAUCAACGAUGUGUUUGACCGUGUCGGGAGCCGACCUCAGAGUCGCUGUAACAGUCGACCACAGAGCCCUCUGUCCGUGGCAUCCUUCGAGGAGAACCACAUGAUUUACUACUUCAACGAGGCAGCCAAUGACUGGAGACCUCUGACUCUGAUGCCGGAGGACAUUAACACUAAGGGCUGUGGGAUCUGCACCUUGUACAACUACCUGUUUGUGGCCGGUGGGAUAAAGGGAUAUGGGGAUAAGGGCAAGGUCUCAGACAAGGUGUUCUGUUACAACCCCAUCAUUAACCGCUGGAGCGAGGUUCGGCCGCUCAACCAGGCGCGGUCGCAGCUCAAGCUAGUGUCUAUGGAGGGUAACUUGUACGCCAUAGGAGGGGAGUGUUUGUUCACAGUAGAAAAAUACGAUCCUCGGACUGAUAGAUGGACCACAGUGGCUCCCUUACCCAAAGGGGCGUUCGCUGUGGCCCAUGAAGCCACCACAUGUAAUGGAGAGCUCUACGUCUCAGGAGGGUCUCUGUUCUACCGUCUCCUAAAAUACGACGCCAAGAGGGACGAGUGGCAGGAGUGCCCCUACAACAACAGCAGGAAAAAGUCAACCGACAUGGUGGCUCUGAAAAGCUUCAUCUACAGGUUUGACGUCAACCGUGACCAGGGGGUCACUGUGUUCAAGUACGACACCAUAGUGAAAAUGUGGCAUGACUGCGCGUCGCAGCGGCAGGGCAGCCCUAUGCCGUUCAGGUGUGCAGUCAUCGGAAACUGCAUCUAUUGUGUGAACAAGACUCAGACUCUGCAGUUUGUGGUGGAGGAGGACGGCUCUUACUUUGUAGAGGAACCACUCAAGCCACCACUGGAAGCUAAGGGCAUACUGUUCCCUUUCAUCCUCAGUCUACAUGAGAAGACUGACAGAUUAAUGUGAUGUGACCAUGGAUAACUGAUGGUACGUUACAGAUGCCCAUCAAUGUAAUAUAGUGGGCCUUAAAAUAAGAUGAACAUUUUUCACCUUUAUUUUCCCCUGUCCAGUGUACCUGCUCGUAAUGGAAUGUGUUUCUUUGCAUGGCGAGUUAACAGGACAAGCCUUAACAAGGACUACUUUUACAUGUUGAAUGAGUGCAACCAGAAAUGCAUCUGACUCUACAUAAUGAGAUAAUGACACACAUAGUCGUUUUUGUUUGUUGUUGCAUUUCCCUGUGUUCAGUUUUGUAUUGUGUACUUUUGUAAUUGCAGAUAGUUAGAAUAUAUAUUGUUUUGAAUAUUGUUUGCUGGCUGGUGGCUUUUAGCCAAAAAUCAAACUGCAGAGUUGGAAUAGUCUGAAUGAGGGGACAGUUGAAGUAUGUUCUAAGUGACUGACACAGCUGGCACGCACAAGUCCUAUACGCAAAUGACACAAGCGAACCCAUAAACAACACAAGGCCUGAUACGGUGGUGAUGUCUGCUCUAUGAAGGAACAGUGGGAGGGCUAUAACAUUCACACAGCCCCAAGGCCUGAUACGGUGGUGAUGUCUGCUCUAUGAAGGAACAGUGGGAGGGCUAUAACAUUCACACAGCCCCAAGGCCUGAUACGGUGGUGAUGUCUGCUCUAUGAAGGAACAGUGGGAGGGCUAUAAUAUUCACACAGCCCCAAGGCCUGAUACCAGAACUGCCCUUGACAUUACUUCACAAGGCCAUUGACCAGCAGGAGCACAAUAAGCCACAUGUAUCUUCUACAAUAAUUAUAUUCUAGAUCAUCAAUGAAUAAUGUUGAAGAGCACAAUGCAAUUACGUAAUAAUACAUUACCACUGGGCACACACUGGUUGAAUCAACGUUGUUUCUACGUAAAAUUCAAUUCAAUUACAUUGAACCAACGUGAAAUAGACGUUGAAUUGACGUCUGUGCCCAGUGGGUUAGGUUCAAGACCAGUACCCACCUAUUUAUUCAGCACUACUGACUAACUAUUCAUUCAGAACCAUUAACCAGCCUUCCAGGUUGUGUCAAAGACAACACUCUACCCGCACAUACAGUUGAGUUGACUUUCAACACACUGGAAACAAGGUGAAUUAUUGCAGCAUAAGAGUGGUUCUGAUUCUGGGGAUCGGGUUAGGUUCCUGAGAUUGAUUGAAACAGGCCUUAGGUGUGCACUGAUGUUUACAGAAUGCCGGAUUGAGUCGGCCUACUGUAGAUAUGAGGGAUGGUGCUCACUGCUUACUGCUCAUUCUUACGCUUCGAUCACACCGACAGUGUCAUUGCAUUUUGAUACACCAGAAUUACAUUCAUUUCCAAUGGAACCCUACGUUUGCCUUGCAGCAUUGCGUUGCAGUGCGUUCGGUGCGAUGUAUAUGUUGGAUUUAUCGAAUGUAUGCGUCAAAUUAUAUGCGUAGGCGGUUUGACAGAAACGGUAGCAGAAGGUGAAUGUUGAACUUUUGUUGCACACAUCUCCAGAUGAUGCUGCGUACCAUUUUGCACAACGACACUGUAGGUGUGAUCGAAGCGUUAGGCCUCACAUUUGCCAAAGACAAAAUAGUCUGGUUUGAUACGACAUAUCAAACCCUUUCAGAUAUUUCACUAAAUAAAUAAAUAGUAAAUAUAUUUGGGUGAUAAUAUCCUAGAUCAAAAACACUCUUAUGAUCGCUAUAACAUCCACACACAACACUAGUCUUAGCAACAAUGUAUCAAUGUCGCUAUGAAAACAAGGGCACCACACUCGCUGCUACUUUGGUAUUUGGUAUUUUAUUAGGAUCCCCAUUAGCUGUUGCAAAAGCAGCAGCAACUCUUCCUGGGGUCCACACAGAACAUGACACAUAAUACAGAAUGACAUAAUACAGAACAUCAAUAGACAAGAACAGCUGAAGGACAGAACUACACGUAGCUACUCUGUUCUUUAACAUUCUUCAGAGAAGUGAGGAGUCAUUUCUCGUGUGCAGGCCAGGGGAAUUUGCCAUAGUCCUACCGAUAAUGAAAACGCUAUUAUGUUGUCAUCUCCCACAAGUAUUUGAUGAGCCAGACAGAAAGACUGUGACCGUCAUACACAGUAUGUACUUUCAGAUGCUGUUGAACUGUCUCUCAAGUACUUGACUAUUUCAGUAUAAUGUCUGAUGAUGAAGACGUUUGCCCAUAUUAGAUUAUGUAUAUCUCCUUUGGUGUGUAGCCUGUCCCUUUAUAAUGCAUUUAAUCAUCUCGUCCACACAGCAUUUAGUCGGAAGAAUAUUUUGCAUCAACUUCAGCUCAGUGUUCAUCUGUUCUGUUAAUUUGCCUAAUCCCUUUUACAUUUACAAUAUUGGAAAUGGGUCCAAUAGCACUCCAUCUCCUUGCGCUUCCUUAGGAAUUUUACAUAUUUGUUUGCUUUUAGCAAUAAUACACCAAUUGGGAGUUUUGUUAAUACGUUGUAUUGAUUCAGUGGAAUUUAUUUGGUGAACAAAAUGCUACUACUACAUUUGGUAACAGUAUCCUUGAGAGGCUGUUGUAACUGUGAUGACUGAGUAGAUGUGGACUUAUUCGUCUGGUAUUUUGCUGGCUGCCGUCAGUGUGUAGUGAAGCUUUUAUGGACUGUUGGUUUUGGAUGAUGAAUGCUUGAAAGUACAGUGUUGGUUGAAGGCUUUCUUACUGCAAAUUAGCAUAUUAAAUAACAGCUAACAAACUAACUGUUGGAUGAUGUAUUUCAGUCAAAACUAAGUGCUGCAAAUAAAAUAUUUAGUGUUUGAAAAAA